AUGCAGAUUUUCAUGAAAACCCUUAUGAGGAAGACCAUCACUCUCAAGGGUGAACCCUUGGGUACAACAGAAAGUAAGGCCCAGAUCCAGGAUAAGGAAAGAAUUCCUCCUGAUCGGCAAAGACUGAUCUUUGCUAGUAAGCACCUGGAAGAUGGACAUUCUUUGUCUGACUAUGACAUUCAAAAGGUGUCCACUCAUCAUCUUGCACUGCGACUCCAUGGUGGUGCUAAGAAAAGGAAGAAAUCUUACACCACUUCCAGGAGGAAUAAGCAUCAGAGAAAGAAGGUUAACCUGACUGUUCUGAAAGGUGAAAGGUGGACUAAAAAGGCAAAAUCAGAAGUCUUUGAAAAUGCUCUGUUUUCAUUAAAGUUAAGCCCCUCAGGUGAAUGCGGUGCUGGAGUUUUCAUGGCCAACCUCUGUGACAGGCGCUGUGGCAGAUGUCUGACCUACUGCUUCAGCAAAGCGACAUACAGGUCAUUGAGACCAGGACCGGGGAGGCAGGUCUCCCAUCGCAGUUUCGGGACGUCAGGAAAGGACUGGGAGGGGCAGCUGGGGGCGCUGCCUGGGCGGAGGGGAAAGGGGCACGGGAGCUCCCCCGCCGCCGCCUACUCCCCCCUCCCCCGGGUUGGCGCUCCCUCUCGGGCUCUAAUCGGCGCGGCGGCCGCAGCGGGCAGAGUCAGCGCCGCCAGUCUCCGGGACGCGACUCCCAGCAAUUGUGGUCGGGACCGCAGAUAUGCAGCUGCCUCCUGCCCGGGCGCCCGGCCCGGCCGGCCCCGCCCGCGCCCCGCCCCCCUGCCUCCCGGCCGCGCGGGGACACUGAGGCACGGAAGGGAGGCGACGUCCCGGGCCUCUCCCCGCAUCCCCAGACCUCAGAAUUUGUGGGUCUAG